CAAUAUGGCGACCGUGCGCUAAAACAGCGAUGUUUUUACCCAAACAAACAUUAAAUAAUAGCAAGAAUUAAAUUAAAAUCUCGCUAAAAGUAACUAAAUAUUGCAAAUAAGAUUUAAGUGUAGUUAAAUGUAGUCAAACAGCUAAAAUGUCGUCAGAAUCUUGGAAAAUAGAGAAGGAUUUAUGCCGCUGUUGUCACGGUGAAGGCAGUUUUCAAAACUUGGCUGAGCCUCGUAAACAUGAGGAUAGAGACGAAUUCUAUUCAGAUAUGUUGAAGGAAUGCUUUGAUAUUGACAUGGUGCCCGUAUCAGGCGUAUUAUGUGCAGCGACGUACACAAUAUGUGACUCCUGCAUCGUGCGACUACGGGAUGCCAGCGAGUUCAAGCAACAAGUUCUGAGCUGCGAGGAUAGAUUCAGAAAUAUGUACGAAAGGAAUGUUAUUAAAGUUUCAGAUUUAUCUAUAGAAGUGGAUGUCAAACAAGAAGUUAUUGACACAGAGGAAGACGAAGAUUUCCCGGCAGAUGUACCACAAGACGACGACGAUGAUCAUCAUUUUGAAGAAUCAAUAGAAGAAUUAAGUAAGAAACCAGAAAUUGAAAUUGACAAGCCUGCAGUACAAGUUGGAAUUGAAAAACAGAAGAAGCCAGCGAAACCUAAGAAGACCGUUAAGAAGAAUACAAGAAGAUCGGCUAAGAAGAAUGGGGAAAAGGAAACUGGGGCAGAAGACCAGGGUGCCGUCAAGAAGAGAGGAAGGCGGCCCGUAUGUAUUGUGACAGAUGAAGAAAUCAAACAAGUCGGGGACGCGUGGUACUGUAGUCGAUGCGACAAAACGUAUAACACUAGAUAUGCACUUACAAGGCAUAUCAAAUAUUAUCAUUACAAUGAAGGAAGAUAUAAAUUCUGCCCCAUAUGUUCCAAGAAGUUUUCAACAACAACUCAGUUAGUAAAACAUAAAUUGGAAGAGCAUAAUGUGGACGCGAGAUUGAAGUGCAAUGCGUGCGAAGCUGUGUUCAACAUGAAAAGGCAAUUGACGGCGCACUAUCUAAUGUUCCACAAGUUAGGAGCGAUUAUCAAGUGUCCGCAAUGUGACUAUGAGACGCAUGGCAAAUAUCAAAUGCGAAAGCAUUUGGUUAAACACACAGUCGUGAAAAAUUUUCACUGUCGGUUUUGUAAAAAAUCUUUUUUGAGGAAAAAUAAUUUGCGCCAACACGAGCGCAUUCAUACGGGGGAUAAGAGGAAGGUAUGCGCAGAGUGUGGACAGGCGUUCGUACAGAAAGCUAGCUUGAACUAUCACAUGAUGAAAUAUCAUCCAGAAGUUAAUUUUUAAGGUUUCGUACCCAAAGGGUAAAACGGGACCCUAUUGUUGCCGCUCCUCUGUCCGUCCGUUCGUCUGUCACCAGGCUCAUGAACCGUGAUAGUUAGCGAGUUGAAAUUUUCACAGAUGAUGUAUUUCUGUUGCCGUUAUAUUCUGAAAAUCAGAAUAACAUAAAUAUUUUGGGGGACUCCCAUACAGCAACCGUAAUUUUUUGCUCAUUUUAAAUACUGGUACGGAACCCUUCGUGCGCGAGUCCGACUUGCACCUGGCCGGUUUUUAACAUGCUUAUUAGCAGUUCGAUACAGUGCGACCCGCGGUUUUAUUUCCAAUAUUCCAUAUUGUAAAAGUAGGUACAAUUCGUACUCGUCGGAAGGCCCGCUAAACAAAUGCAGUUCGGCCGCGCAUAGCUCUUCGCAUCGUCAAUGUUUUUGCAUAUAUGUAUUAUAUGUUUUGAUUGAAUAACAUUUAAUAGUAGAAUUCGAAAUGUUUGUUUUCAAGAUUAAAUAUAGGUACGAUAUUUCAAUGUACCGAAGUCGCCUGUUAUUUAAUUCCAUAAAAAUAUAAUCAUUUUCUGACUUCGCGACAAAAGCAUUAUUUUGUUAAUGUUAUUGAUAAUCGUAAGAAUGACAAAUUAGAAUAAGACAAAGUAUUGAUUUGGGAACAUUGUAGUAUAACAAUAGAUUUUGUAAAGCAAGUGGUUAGCAAAAGGCAGUCAUUAGUACAGUCAGUAUUUAUGACUUUGUUUGUGUCACACUCGUGUGUAUUUUUGUUGCCUGUUUCUAGACUUGAAGGCAUAGGAUUCUUUAAUGCCACUUUUUUGAAGUCUAACUCUACUCAAAGUCUAGCACAAUAUAAGUAAUCUAAAGUAUAGAAGUUGUAAAACUUUGUGUAUUGAAUUUUUAAAUAACGAUCAUAAUUUUUUUGUUACAAAUAAAAUUCUAACAAAUGUGACCUCAUUAUUUUUAUUUCGAAUAAACAAUUUUGUGUCUA